ACCAGGAGAGGAACAAAAGAAAUAGAGAAACCUUGAACCCAAAGCUCCACUAUCACCAUCACCAACCUCUGCCAGACUUAACUUUUAAGCAAAUGCUCACACCCACAGCUCCCAAUCUCUCUCUCUCUAUCUCUCUCCCCCUCUCUCUCUCUCUGUCCACUCUAUCCCACAAUCUUUAGUUUGCUUCAAUGACAUUUUCAAAACCAAAAGAAGUAAAAAUAAAAAAAAUAAAAAAAUAGGGAACUUCUCUGAUCACUAGGAGUCUAGCAUUCUCUGUGUUCCUCCCAUCUCCAAGGAACUACCACCAUAUGGGGUCCUUCCAAACACCAAUGGGCUCACGAAGCUCGGCUUUGCUUGAAACGUCAUGUGGGUAUUUGCUUCAAGAAUUGCAGAUGAUAUGGGAUGAAGUUGGAGAGGAUCAAUUUGAAAGAGAAAAAGUGCUAUUGGACUUGGAACAGGAGUGUCUAGAGGUUCAUAGAAGAAAAGUUGACAGUGCAAACACUUCCAGAGCUAGACUGCACCAGGAGUUGGCUGAUUCCGAGGCCGAAUUCACCCAUCUCCUUCUGUCCCUUGGCGAACGCUCUCUCCCAGGACGGCCAGAGAAAAUGGCGGGAACGCUGAAGGAACAGCUAGAUUCAAUAACCCCGGCUUUACGAGAGAUGCAGUUGAGGAAAGAGGAGAGAGUGAAGCAGUUCAAAUCCGUGCAAGGGCAAAUUCAGAAAAUUUCUGCAGAAAUAGCAGGUAAAUCGGAGUAUGGUGAUUCUUCAUCAAAUGUCAUAGUCAAUGAGAAUGAUCUCUCGCUCAAGAAACUUGAGGAGUACCAAACUGAGCUACAAAGGCUUCACAAUGAGAAGAGUGAGAGACUCCAGAGGGUGGAAAAAUAUAUAAGCACAGUUCGGAAGUUGUCUUCCACAUUGGGGAUGGAUUCCUCCAUGAUCAUCACAAAGGUUCACCCGAGUUUGAAUGAAUUGUCUGGGCUGUCGAAGAACAUCAGUGACAGUAUUUUGGCUAAACUAAACAUCACUGUUAAGUCUCUUCAAGACGAAAAACAAAUGCGCCUUGAGAAGCUUCAUCAUCUUGGUAAAGCAUUGACAAACUUGUGGAAUCUUAUGGAUACACCCUAUGAAGACCGUAAAUUGUUCUCCCAUAUUACCCGUUUAUUACCAGCUUCAUCAGCCGAAAUAUCCAAUCCUGAAAGCCUCGCUCUUGACAUAAUCCAACAGGCCGAGGCUGAAGUAAAGAGACUGGAUCAGUUAAAGGCAAGCAAGAUGAAAGAGCUUUUCCUUAAGAAACAGACUGAGCUCGAGGAGAUAUGCAGCAGAUCCCACAUGGAGAUCCCUUCGCGGUCAGAGAUGGAUAAUAUAAUAAAUUUAAUAAACUCCGGGGAGAUUGACCAUGCCGAGCUGCUCAUGAGCAUGGAUGAACAGAUACUGAAAGCAACAGAAGAAGCUUCCAGCAGGAAGAUUAUAAUGGAAAAGGUCGAAAAAUGGAUUCUAGCCUGUGAUGAGGAGCGAUGGUUGGAAGACUAUAGCAGGGAUGAGAAUAGGUACUCUGUCAGCAGAGGUGCUCACAAGAAUCUGAGACGUGCAGAACGUGCCCGGAUAAUGGUUAAUAAAAUACCAGCUUUAGUUGAUUCACUGAUAGCCAAGACUAAGAGUUGGGAAGAAGAACGAAAAAAGGUUUUCUUAUAUGAUGAGGUACCUCUACUGGCAAUGUUGGUGGAGUACAAUAUGUUGAGGCAGGAAAAAGAAGAGGAAAAGCACAGACAAAGGGAAAAGAAGAAGGUGCAGACUCAAGUAGUAGUCGAGCAAGAAAAUUUGUUUAGCUCGAGGCCAAGCACAAGUAAUCGGCGUCUUUCAAACAGAAGCUUGAACGGAGGUUUUAGCACUGCCACCCCUCUAAAUAGAAGGCUUUCACUGGGUAUACAGCAGCUAGAAUCAAAUAGAAUCAAUUCGACAACGCAAGGCAUAUCCCUCAUAAAGAAGGCAGGACAAAAGACAUUUGCUAGAGCCGGCCUUGAUUCUCAUCAUAGAGAAGAUGCAGCUUCAAUGAUCCCCACAUUUUCCUGUCACUUGUCGCCUUAUUGAAUCACAUGCAUUGGGGCUUCACAUGCAAUGGGAUUUCAUAAAUUAGAAGAUCAUAGAAAGCUUCAAAAAAAUAAUUCAGAUUCUAUGUCAGUGUGUUAUGAUAUUUGUGUAAUUAUGUCUUGAGUCCUUAAGAAGAGCCCCAUAAAUCAUGUGCCAACAAAAAUAAGUUUACGACAUUUUUUUUUUUUUUUUUUUGGGUUUUGUAGAUGAGCAAUGUGAUAUUACCAGUACCGAUUAAUUUGAUGUUUGAAAGUAUAAUAAAGGCAAGUUUUGUUAACAAGGAGCAUUAGUUCCCUGAUUUUGAAUUGAGUAA